GUACAUCUUCUAAAUUCAGAAAUUAUCUCUAAUCUCAUAUGCAUUGUAAUACAGUUAUCACCCUCCCCUUAUCCUCAUCCUGGUAUCAGCAAGUCAACUAUCCGCAAAUGAACAACGAUUACCUCAGGUACAAAUAUGGGUUACAACACCCUCCCCAGAAGAAAACGGCGUACACCAAAAAAUUGUUCCAAUGACAUAAAAGCAGCCUUUAUCGAAAAUUGUUCUGGGAAAGGAGAUAGGCUCUGUGCUCUAGAAGGUGGUCUGACGAUUUUUAUACGUAUGUCAGAAACUCGUAUGCUGGAUUACCAAAGAGCUACAGCCGAAUUGUUUAACGUUAUCCGGAAACCUCGUGCCGAUCAACCUUUCUCAGAACGUCAGUUUGAGGUAUCUGAUAGGAUUAUCAGCUUAAUCAAAUCUUCAACCGCUCAGACGACGAUAGACGAUAUUGUAAAACAGAUGUUCGAUGAUUUCAAAACUCCUACGCAAGAUGCUGAAACUUGUAAGAAUAUGAUGCGACAUUUCGUAUUCGCUGUUAUCGGCUGGUCUACUUUACUAUACACACCAAUAUUCACAACAGCAGAUGCUGACUUCAAGAUUGCGGAAACACAAUCAAAAAGAAGUCAAGAAAAGCAGUCCAUUAUACAUAUCGAGGACUCAUCACGGAGACCCAUUGGAGCUAUGCUCGGUAGUCAUGGCCUUGUCCCAAUAACUUGUCCACAUAAUACAAGGUUACCACAAGACUUACCGAGUCGUCUCCCUGUCACUUGUUUGAAUCUUUGCUCCCUGUCUCAAUUAGGUGGUGUUACGAUUCUUUGGGUUGAUGAUCUCUCGAAGCACUGCGAAUUCAGUCGGUAUAGUAGAGAGAAACAGUUGAAACUAUUUCGUCUGCCCUCACUCUGUGCUAAAAUAUGUCUGAGCGACGAUAGUGAGACUCUGAUUGAUCGGUUAUUCAAGAGCCACAUUUGCCGAAAUAACUGCCAAUUCAACACUAAAUCUGUGGGGAAGUCAUACCUGACCGAAGUCUUACUGAGUUAUCGUUUAUUAUUCGGACAACAUUCCCGUUCUCGCAGACUAUUUCGUGGGCAGGAACUCGAAAGGGCGAAGUGGAAUGGGACCCUGGACCCCUUACUUGGCGUACUCUGCGGAAAUAAAGAUGUAGAUGAUUCUACCGGAAUUGUUGAACUCCUUCAUGAACGUAACGUUUACAAUGUACAAGACAGUUUUCCUCAUUUAGGGUUACGACUCGCCGAGCUGGCGGACUAUAUUUCUGGUCAAGAGCCAAACGACUUCCUUGAAGUAUGGAACGAUUCACGAAAUCCUGAGAAGCUUCUUACCCUGAAGGCUGCUGUAAAGAUAGGUGUGGCUACGGUUAUCUUAGGCAUUUUUCAAGUCCUGCUGGGCACCGCACAGUUGGUAAUAUCAAUUUAUAGAUAGUAGUAGAUGUAGAUAGAAUUAGAUUGCUCUAUUAGCUAUAAACAGCAGAACGAGUGACAAAUCGGAUAGAUAAUUCCUGAAAAUCUUCACAUGGUCUUCAUUCCUCGUGCUUAAAAUAAACUUAUAUUCCCAUAAAGUUAUGUGUAACUCGGCGAUUUCGUAAGUAGAAUAAUAUAAGCUGCUGAAAGCAUCCGCUAUGCCCAUCAUGGGAACUAAAGAAUUCAACAUAACCAAAUAACCAAGAACUUCAAUUUUCAA